AGAGCAUUUUCUAGUAAUACGUAUAUGUUAUUUAAAUUAGAGAUAACUCUUUUCCAUUUAUUACAGGAGAGUUUAAACCUCAUCAUGAAAAGCUUUUUACUUCUUCUUGUUCUAGUUAUUGCCUUGCUUAGUUUGAAUUCUGCACCUGUUGAAGAUGAAAUUGCCUUGUACGGAUUAGAAGAAAGAGCUGGCGGCUGUACAUAUGCAGGAAUUUGUACAGAAAACGAAGACUGCUGUGGACAGCGCACUUGUGAAUGCAAUAUCUUUUUGAAAGACUGCUACUGUAGAGGUCCAAAAUUCUGGGCAACUGUUCGCGGUUAAUGACAUUCAAAGAAAAUUGGACGUAUCCAAAACAACACUUAUAUUUCUCAUUAAUUAAACAUGUUAUUAACCCCUUUUACAUAUUCUCCAAAAAUUACCAAUAGCUUUCAUAUAUAUUCUUUAACAUUACUUUAAUAAAAUCGAUUAUGGCAACAAGA